CUCCCCACUAAGCGGUCAUGAACCUACCUGGUAGCUCAGAGCCACACUGGACAAAAACCACGCCCCCCCCUUUGCCCUGACGUCAUCACCGCGUGCCGCUGCUCUGGCGGACGCUUGUUGUCGCUCAGUGUUGCGGGAUUUGCGUUAACCCUCUCGUGCCCGGAGGCUGACACCCAAUGAGUCCGACCAGGGUGGGGCCUGCUUUAAAAGCUGCUGAGUGGGGGUCCGCUGUUGGCUUAGGGGGGCAUCCGCCAUCACACAGCCAAGGUAACACACAUGGCACCCUGCUGCUCUGGGACAUGUCAGUGACUGGGCUCUAAGGGGUUAAUCUGGGUGUUAGCAAUGUGUAUCUAUAGAACCCAUGAUACCCCUCUAUACCCUCAUACACGUGUAUGCAGCAUUCAUGUACUACAGCAAAGUUUGUCAGACACAGACAGACACCCCUUACCACCACUUUAAAAGCUUCUCUUAGUAUUAUUGUACUUUUAACCCCUUAAGGACACAUGACAUGUGUGACAUGUCAUGAUCCCCUUUUAUUCCAGAAGUUUGGUCCUUAAGGGGUUAAAAAAAUAAAAAAUCUAAAUACAGAUUUAAUGCAAAAUUAUUGUUUUUGUCAGUUUGACCUUAGGGACACUUUUUUUUUUUUUUUUUUUAUGUAGAAUAUAUGCUUUUUUGGACUUUGUUGAAAUUUAUUGCCCUGCAAUAUUGCCUAUUGUGUGAAGAAAUAAUUUAAAGUGGGGAACUGUAUGUUAAGUGUGUGUGUGUGUGUGUGUGUAUAUAUAUAUAUAUAUAUAUAUAUAUAUAUAUAUAUAUAUAUAUAUAUAUAUAUAUGAAAUAAACAGCAGUGUUGUUGUGGACACCUUUUUUCCUGAGCUGCCUGACAUGGGGGAGGGGUGAGUACUUCUGCAUCUGUUUUUGUAGACUUUAUGAAUUCCUCAUUCUGUCUGGAAGGGCCUGAAAGUGCUGACUGGCAGUAGGUAGAAUUCAGAUGCAUUUCAUAUUUCAUUUUGUUAAUCGUAGUCAUGAUCCAAAAAGCAACAGAUGAGAUUAAUGAAAUCGAAUUUGUUUCGUAUUGGGUGCAUGUGAAUUACUUAUUGCUGGUCAACCCAUUCAAGUCCUGUUUGACCACUCAGAAUUACUUUUAAAACAAACUCUAAUCCUCACCUUUUACCUAUACUAGAAAUGUUCCCUGAAGAUAUUAUUUCUCCAUUAAUAAAUAUACUCAUGAUUGUACUCGCUCCAAAGUCCACAUCCCUAAAAAUGUUAUUUUGUGUGUGUGUAUAAUAUGUAUUCUACACACUCUAAGCCAAUCAGUAGCUUUUCAUUCACAAAACAGCUUGUGAAACAUAUGUAUUUUUCCUCAAGCCGUUUCGUGAAUGGGGAGCUGGCACUUUCAGCCAAUCAGUGGUGCCUCUUUUGCGGAAGGACUGUGGACAGAGUGGUGCUGAACACUGAACUUUGGGGUUAAACGGUCUGAACAGUUUAACCCCUAAAGGUUGGCUGGCGCUAGCAACCUCCUACUAUCAUAGCGACUUAAAUUCAAUGAAGUUAUAGUGCUGAGUGUUCCUUUUAAGUGCAUUUAAUAGAUGGAUGUUGGGCUAAGGUAACAUCCCCAAGAUGUACUUGAAAACCAGAGUAAUCUGAAUGUACCUUUCCUGGUUAAAUACUUUGUAUUAUUAUUAUUAUUAUUUUAUUAUAUUGGCCUAAUAUAUUUGCUGUUUGGGGGGGGGGGGGUUCUUUUGUUUUUUGUUUUUUCUUCAGAUUUAAUUAAUUUUGGAAAAAGAUAAUGCAGCAUAUACUUGUACCUUUACUCAUGCUUCCUGUUUUCACAAAGCAACUUCUUUAUUGCAUGUAUUUUUGUGAACCUAUGCUGGAGCUGAGAUUACUCUGCUCUUUAGGCAAUCACUGCCCCCUUAUUAUCUGUACUGUUUCCUCUUGGCUCUGCUUUGAAAUGCAAUACAGAUAAAAAGAGGGAUUGGUUGUUGGUGCAGAGUCAAGACAGCGACUUGGUUCUCAAUGAUUUUAUAUUUGCUUCAGUUUUGUUGGUGCUCUGUGUUCCUUUAAAUUUCUAUACCCAUCUGAUGUGGAUUUGUGGUGGACCUAUUAAAUUAUGCUCCAGUAAGCUGUUGAAUAGAUACAUCAAGUACCUAUGCUUAUGGCAUAAGGUGUGGUGCGAGGCGGACACGUCCGUGAUUUCCUACCCACUGUAUCUUUUUACCUGCCACAUAUAUUUUAAACAAUUCUGUAGUUCCACUUAUCAUAUCUGGUAAGUAGAAUUGGUGCUAUAGAAUAUUUUCUAACUCUUUACGAAAUAAGAUCUGUAUCAAUUAUAUUUUCCUGACCGUUGAAACCCCUUCCUGGCGUGUAUAGAAUGUUAUUUGAGAUGGUCAUGUGUGUUUCCUGCUUUGAUAUGCUUGUACAAGUUUAAUUAGUUAACACUACUUUGUGUUUCAUUUCAGAAUCGUUGGUGGAAAUAAUCUGAAAUUGAUCAACUUCCCUGAGUUGGAAAAAUGAGUGGAUGCAAGCCUGAUAUUCUUUGGGCACCCCAUCAUGUGGACAGGUUUGUUGUGUGUGAUUCUGAGCUCAGCCUCUACCACAUAGAGUCAGCAGCCAGCUCCAGCUCUGAACUGAAAGCAGGCUCUCUACGGCUUUCUGAAGAGACCACUGCCACAUUGUUGGCAAUAAAUUCUGAAGCACCUUACAUGAAAUGUGUUGCUUGGUAUCCAAAGUAUGACCCUGAAUGCCUUCUAGCGGUCGGACAGGCCAAUGGCAGAAUUGUCUUAACUAGUCUGGGCCAGGAUCACAAUUCUAAAUGUAAAGAUUUAAUUGGAAAGGAAUUUGUCCCAAAGCAUGCACGUCAAUGCAACACCCUGGCUUGGAAUCCCCUCGACAGUAAUUGGCUAGCAGCUGGAUUAGAUAAACACCGGGCUGAUUUUUCAGUUUUGAUAUGGGAUAUAAGUAGCAAAUACACUCCAGAUGUAACAACUUCAAUGGAAAAAGUUAGACUUUCAACUGGGGAGAGUGAAACUUUGGGGGUAGUGACAAAGUCUCUGUAUGACUUGGGCCAAAACGAUGCCUGUCUUUCUCUUUGUUGGCUUCCAAGAGACCAAAAGCUGCUCUUAGCAGGGAUGCAUCGUAACCUAGCUAUAUUUGAUCUGAGAAAUACAAAUCAAAAAAUGUUUGUAAAUACAAAAGCUGUCCAAGGGGUAACUGUGGAUCCACAUUUCCAAGACAGAGUUGCUUCAUUUUUUGAGGGGCAAGUUGUCAUCUGGGACCUACGGAAAUUUGAAAAGCCAGUUUUGACAUUGACAGAGCAACCAAAACCUUUGACAAAAGUAGCCUGGUGCCCAACAAGGACUGGAUUACUUGCUACCUUAACCAGAGACAGUAAUAUAAUUAGACUUUAUGAUAUGCAGCACACUCCCACACCCAUUGGUGAUGAAACGGAACCCACGAUCAUCGAAAGAAGUGUCCAACCAUGUGAUAACUAUAUAGCAUCGUUUGCUUGGCAUCCAACAAGUCAAAACCGAAUGGUAGUAGUAACUCCUAACAGAGCAAUGUCAGACUUCACUGUGUUUGAAAGGAUUUCUUUAGCUUGGAGUCCCACAACUUCAUUAAUGUGGGCUUGCAGUAGGCAGCUGUAUGAAUGCACAGAGGAAGGGAAAUCUACCUCUUCGGAUAGAGAUAUCGCUACUAAAAUGAGACUCAGAGCUUUAUCCCGGUAUGGCCUCGAUACUGAGCAGGUCUGGAGAAACCACCUUCUGGCAGGAAAUGAAGACCUUCAGCUAAAAUCCCUUUGGUACACCCUGCAUUAUAUCCUUUCCACUGGAUUGUUUAAAAAUAAAAUUUUUGCCAAUCAGGUUUUUGCUAUGUUCAUGCUGGAUAUAGAUCUAGAUAUUGUAUUCAAUAAGCAAAGUAAUGGCAUUCAUGAUGGUAUAAGUCAGUUGUGGUGUGCUGAAACUGAUGUUCGGGAAGGCCUAUAAGUAAAGAGGGCCUACCAAAAUUAAUAACUUGAGAAUGAGUGGUGGGUGGGAUGAACCAGGAGGUAUCUGCCUAGUGAAAGAGAUGGCCUGUAUGCUUAUAGGCCGGGUAAUCCCUCUGACAAAUUCAGGCUCCUUCUUCCUAUAUAUAUUAUUUUUUUAUUUUCUAUUUUUAUUUCAUUAAAAACGAUAUAUUUUAGGGUUUCUGAAAUUGGACUUAAAUUGUCUGCUUUCUACUGUAGAAAGUGAACUACUUCUAGAACUUCCAUGAGUGGCUGCAUGUAUUGCCGUCCUGCUCAAAGAUGGAUAUCCCACAAUUACUAGUGUGCACCUGCACAUUGUUAAUCGUGGAAUUUGGUUUGGAUGAGCCACCUUACAUGCAAAGGCAAUGUCUGUGUGAGCACUCCAUGUUGCUGGGUGGGGUGCAACGUUCAUUUAAGUAUGCCUUUUUAAUGGCAUUUCUUUUGAUGUAUGCGCACACUAGUGGUGUACCUGAAGCAGAACUUUUCACUUUCACCCGAUUUUUGGAUGACUGGUUGACAAAGUGUUUAGAUUUGUAUAUUGUAUGGCAGGGCAAUAGAAGCCAUACAUAUAGGGUUAUUUUAGGAACUCACCUUGUUAAGAAAUUGAAGGACCACUAUAGGCACCCAGACCACUUCAGCUCAAUGAAGUGGUCUGGGUGCCAGGUCCCCCAGGUUUUAACCCUGCAGCUGUAAACAUAGCAGUUUUAGAGAAACUGCUAUGUUUACAUUGAAGGGUUAAUCCAGCCUCUAGUGACAGCCGCUAGAGAUGCUUCUGUGCUUCUCACUGUGAAAAUCACAGUGAGAAGAUGCUGGACGUCCAUAGGAAAGCAUUGAGAAAUGCUUUCCUGUGGACUGUCUAAAUGAGCACGCGGCUCUUGCCGCGCAUGUGCAUUCAGCUCUGACGUCAGGAGGAGAGUUCCCCGGCACUGGAGGAAGGUAAGUGUUUAACCCAGUCAGCCCCCUUGAACCCAGCAGGAGUGGGACCCUGAGGGUGGGGGAACCUAAAGACCCUAUAGUGCAAGGAAAACAAGUUUGUUUUCCUGGCACUUUAGUGGUCCUUUAAUUAAUUUGUGGGAUUAUAUAUUAAACACCACAUUCUAACUUGCCUUUGAACUAAAACGAAUACUCUGUGCCUCAAGCACUCCCUGAUGUAACCCAGUACUUGAUCAUUCGUUUAUUACACUUUCACUGUCUCCUUGAGGCAUCCCUCUUGACAUCACUGGGAGACUAUUCACAAACUCGGUUUGACGGAAAGCUAUAAGAGUAGUGAUGUGCCGAACGGUUCGCCGCGGACUCAUCAUUGAGUAAACUUUGACCCUGUACCUCACAGUCAGCAGACACAUUCCAGCCAAUCGGCAGCAGUCCCUUCCUCCCACCUCCUGGACAGCAUCCUUUUUACAUUCAUUGUGAAGCUGCAUUCUUAAUGAGCUGUCCAGGAGGUGGGAGGGUCUGCUGCUGAUUGGCUGGAAUGUGUCUGCUGACUGUGAGGUACAGGGUCAAAGUUUACUCAAUGAUGAAUCCGCGGCGAACCGUUUGGGACAUCACUAUAUAAGAGUCAAAUCAAUAGUGAGUUUCUUGGGUAUUACAAAUUCUAGGGCCUUGACCGUUUUACUUAGAUGAGGUCCUAGGGAAUCCACAGUGAAUAACCUUCUGCAGUAAGUUUUAUGCCAGUAACAAUGGCCCUUUUGUGUGCCCUUUGGAAUGUCCAUAUGUGCAAACAAGUUAACCUCUUUAUUGCAUGACAUACCUGGACGGUCAACAAAUAUAAGGUUUUGUGAAAAGAUUAAGAUAACACUGUUCUGUUUACUAAACCAAAGUUCAUUCUGAAAAUGACUAUCGUAAAAAAAAAAUCUUGUGUCUUAUGAAUUGCUGAGAAUUAUUUUUGGGGUUAGGGAGGUAUAUAACAAUACAAAAUAAAUUGUGGAAAAUAUGCUUCCAUAGCAUAUAAUGCCCACAUACAAAAUACAUAAAAAUGCAAAUAUUGUAGAAUCUAUUAUUUUUAUUACAAUGUAUUACUGCCCUCCCUCUUUUUAAAUUAUAAGGUAAAUUUUUUUGUGUGGGUGUGUGUGUGUGUGUGUGUGUGUAUAUAUAUAUAUAUAUUAUAGAUUCUCUUACACUUGCUUGUCCAUCAUUGGGACAGUCUCCUCGCUUUAGUGAGAUCCUCAUGACUCUGUCCAAUGUAAUUAGAAAGCAGUAUUGGGGACACGGAAUGCAUGAGGGGCAAUGGCUCCAUUCAGCCAGUCUGAUGUGCUAUGAGAUAAACUGAACGAGUUUGAUGUUGUCCUACUGUGUAUAAUGUUGAAUGUGAAGACAUUUGAUUUGACAAAGAUAUGAUUGUUUUACAUUGUAUGGGGGAUAAAACUGACGCAAUCUGUACACCAAAACAAGUGAUUGAAAACACCUUCCACCUGAAGUCAGUGGAUAGUAAAUACAUAGUUAGACACAGAUCUGUGCGCACCAGUCAUGCCAUAAGACUUGUUUCCUCCCCCCUCCCCCCCCACAGAAAUCCCACAUUUGCAGUGCUAUUACUUAACUCCUUUGCAUGUGCCCACCAAGAAGUAGUAACAGCACUAUGGGGGGAGGGGGGGGGAGAUAAGUCUUUAUGGCUUGACUGGUGUGUGCAAAUCUGUCUAACAAUGUAUCUACUGUGUGCAUGUAUUAUUCUUGAAAUGUCAAACACUUACAUUUUUUAAAUAAUUUUUUUUAAAGCAUUUCCUCGUAAAUGUAACGUGAUAUUCUUUUAAUUUUCUUCCUUCUCGCAAGGAACAUUUGUUUUAUGUGCAUACAUAUCAUGCAUAUCUGUGUCUUAUUUCCUAUACACUUCUGUACUUAUGAAGCAGUAUGCUGAAGAUUUAGACCAGAAAGCUUCAACCAACAAAGCAGCAUUGGUUUAUGCCGGUAUUAAGGCAAUCACAAAGUCAUCCGUAGGUGAGAUAAUUGAAACUGUUCGUCAGGUAUUUGUUACGAGAAUACUACUGCUUUCCGAGCAUGUUGUAUAAUAAACUAUUUGCUUAAUCCCUUGAUCCCUUAUUUUUGCUAUUUAAAUAAUUUUCUCUGCACGUGUACAUCAAGAGGCCAACACAGUGGGAGUUCAAUUGAAGGAAUCUUUGCUAUAGCGGUAGCUUUAACCUUUAAUCUUCAUCUAAUGGUCGUUGUAAGCUACAAAGUCAGUGUUUCAGAUGGAUUCUAAGAAAUCCAGUUCAAAUCAAAAAAACUUUUUUAUUUUCAAAGCUAUGUAUGAAAAUAAGAUGCAAUAGGUGAGGGCCCUACUAGUGCAUUUUUACAGCAAAGGGUUACUUGGGAUAUCGGGGAUGGGAAAUAAAGGUAAUGGUAUUUUCAUCUGUAUAGCGUAUAGGUCAAGUUAGGUUUAUAUUUAAAUUUUAUUUGGACCUUUUUUUUACCUGCUCAGCGCGCUGCGGUUGUUCUGGGCUGGGGACAGGAGGUGGUUGUUAGGGUGAACAGAAGCAAUGGAAUAUUUAAUAAUUUAAAGCCUUAUGGGGAGGAGUGGAAGGCUCAAAUGAAAGAGGGAGGGGACAUAUAUGCUUCCCAUUGCAGGCACACUGAAAGGGAGCCAAUUUUUGCACAGAAUUAACAUUAGGCAGCCGAAGUCACAUGUGCCAGUCAUGCAACUAGCCCACCCAGCACAAAAAUGCCCUUUUCUCUGCAAGGGCAGAAAAUCAAGCACAUACAGAUACCAACCUCUGAUUACUUCUGAAAGGAGAUGUGGCCAUGGUGGUUAGCGUAACCCUUUAAACGAGCACAGUAAGAUUAAAUGCAUGAUGUGCGGAAAUUUAGGUAUUUUGUGUGUGAGAGAGAGAAAUUGCACAGUCCUUGAAAUGUGACUUAUUUUCUAAAAUAGAAGUUUUUUUUCUUUAAGGAACCUCAGAGAGUUUCAAACACAGCUGGAGUGGCUCGGAUAAACAAGCUGAAGUGAUACACUAUUCCAGUGAGGAGAGAUGCUUGGCUCUGCAGCUUUGUGGUUGGAGGAAGAAAGGAAAUGAUCCCGACAUGGAACCAUUUUUGAACACUCUGGAACUGGAUGGAGAAUGGGAGAGAGCAGCUGCUAUUGCACUGUUUAAUUUAGAUAUUCGCCGUGCAAUACAGAUCUUGAAUAAGGGAGCAUCCACAGGAAAAGGUACAUGGAUUUUUUUUAUUUAUUUUGUUCCACUGUAAAUAUUAUUACAGACCGUAAAGGGGGAAAAACAAAACAAAACUGAAUUUGGAUGUGUGGUGUAACCAUGUUCUUGUCACUUAAAAAAUGUGCAGGAAUAAAGUGCUGUUAAUACAAUCGGUGUAGCUUCUAUCACCAGUGUUUAGUCACUCAAAAUAAACACACUUCGACAUUAAAGGGACACUAUAGGCACGAACGACUACAGCUUAUUGAAUUUGUUCUGGUGAGUAGCAUUAUUCCCCUCAGGCUUUUUGCUGUAAACACUGUCUUUUUAGAGAAAAUACAGUGUUUACAUUACAGCCUAGUGAUAACUUCACUGGCCACUCCUCAGUUGGCUGCUAGAGCUGCUUCCUUAAGCUGUCUUGCCUAGUGUGCAUCACAACAUAUCAGUGUCUCCACCCUCUGCAUGCAGACACUGAACUUUCCUCAUAGAGAUCCAUUGAUUCAGUUCAUCUCUAUGAGGAGAUGCUGAUUGGACAGGGCUGUGUUGGCUCUGCUCCUAAUCUGCCUCCUUCACAGUCUCUGCCAAUCCUACGGGGAAGCAUUGUGAUUGGCUCAGAAUAACACUUCUGAUGAUGUCCACAGACAGCUUGCAUGUCUGAGGCAGACAGGGGCAGAGCCAGCCGCUACAGGCUCGAAUAAAAGUAAGAUUGUACUAUAUUUAGGGAGGCAAGAGAGGGCCAGGGGAGCUAGAUGGUGGUUUUAACACUAUAGGGUCAGGAACACAAAUCUAUAUUUCUGGCCCUAUAGUGCUCCUUUAAACCCACUCCUACAAUAGGUGAGAGCAAGCACCACACGCAGUGGAUACUACCACUUUAAAUCUUGACCGUAGUGGAUAAUUUCACUUAUAGUCUGUAAUAUAAACAUAGAACAUGGACCAUAGUGUAAUAUGUACAGUAUAAAUAAUAAGGCCAAACUGGUCAAACUCACAUUUUGCUGAGUCUAUUGGUUAGCAGGCUCAGACUGCCAGCGCUCCUUACAGGUAAUAACCUCUGGAUCUCUGCUCCCAAUAAGGGUUUCCUCUUGAACUCCUUAAUAAUAUGUGAAUUUGACCAGUUUGGUCUUAUCUAUUAUUUAUAAUGUACAAACUACACUAUGGUGUAAGUUUAUAUUACAGACUAUAAGUGAAAAUAUCCACUACUCUCAAGAUUUAAAGUGGUAGUAUCCAUUAUGUGUGGGGUUUGCUCUCGCCUAGUGUAUGAGCUGUUUUUAAUGUUCUUGUCAGAUGUCUACCUUGGCUUUCAAAAUGUCACAAAGUUAUUGCAGCUAAAUUUACUAUUUUACUAUAGCUUGUUUAGAUUGAAGAUAUUAGCCAUUUUUAUAUUAUAGAACAGUUUUUAAAUUUUUCUUCACAGCAGACCUGAACCUAAAUGUUGUAGCAAUGGCAUUAUCUGGCUAUACCGAUGAGAAGAACUCCUUGUGGAGAGAAAUGUGCAGUACUCUCAGAUUACAGCUCAACAACCCUUACCUCUGUGUUAUGUUUGCUUUUCUCACAAGCGAACCAGGCAACUAUGAUGGAGUUUUGGCAAGUUGUGUUUUUCUUUAAUUAUAAUUGUUUUUUUUUUUAUUUUUUUUUUUUACUAUUCAUUUGUAAAUGAGCUACUCAAUCUUGCCUUCUGCUUGCAUUUAUUUGUUUGUUUUUUUUCCCCCCUCUUUAAGUAUGAGAAUACUAUGGCAGUGAGGGAUCGGGUGGCGUUUGCUUGCUUGUUCCUUAAUGAUACACAGGUAAGAUUAAAGGGAAACAAUUGGGUAAAAUAGACCGUGUAUUGUAUGCACACAAAAAAUUAUAAUCUUUAAAUGUUCCCUCAAUGCACUGUUUAGUGGAUUCACCUACAGACAGAUCUCUCCUACACCAGGUAGAGAGUCAUAUCCCUUAAGCCCAUCCAGAGCAGAUGUUUAUUGGAUAAGUUGUUUACAUAACUGUUCCACUUAUAUUACAUGAUGAGUGGAACUGCUCUUGGGAGAUAAACUGGCAGCAGCCACACCACAACUGAGGUCAGCUUUACACGUAGACUGAUUAACUUUAAAAGAAGAGAACUAAUCUUGAUGGGAUUUUGGGUGUGUUUUUAUCUGCACGCAAUACUUGGAUAAAAUGUGAUAUAUAGCCAGACUGGAAAUAGUUUUAAGUUGCCGAAUAGGAAUCAAAGGUGAAGCUACACCCUGGUUAAAAAUUCCAAAUGUUUUUGAAAUGAUCCUGUUUCAUGCUAAAAUUUUGCACUGAAUAGGUCUGUGCUCUACAGCCACUUCAGCUAGCUUAGUGUGUAGCGUAACCCUUAAAGAGGAAGUGACUUAUCCUUGUUCUUUCACCACAAUAAACACAAUUUAAGUAUUGAUCAUGAUGAAUAAUACAUUACUGCUUUACCUCAGCUGCUCUUCAGGGUUGAUGAAAUUUAGCUGUGAUGUCUCUGGCAUCUAACAGAGAGGUGCUGUAUGCACACUUGAAAUAUUCUUGAUAUUUUAAUGGUGAUCUGUUUAUGAUGCUGCCAGUAUUGUUUGAGGGUUUUUGUUUUUUUUAUAGGGUAUUUUAACCUUAAUUUGAGAAAUGCUUAAUAGAUCCUUUGUGUUCUAUGUAUUAUAUCUGAUGCAAUCACAAUUUUUGUAAUGACCUCCUUAAAUCUACAUUUUGAAUUGUCUUUAAAUAUUUGUAGCUCAACAGAUACCUUGAAAAACUAACCAAUGAAAUGAAGGAAUCCGGAAAUCUUGAGGGGAUUUUGCUUACGGGCCUGACCAAAGAUGGCGUUGAUCUGAUGGAAUGUUACGUGGAUAGGACUGGUGAUGUUCAGACUGCCAGUUAUUGUAUGUUACAGGUUUGUUUUGCUACUUGAUUUGGAAUCCUAUCUAUUCUGCCUGUGGUGUUUUAUCUGGGUUUUGGAGAUGUCUACUUCGUAUGGUUUGAAUCACAGCAAUCUACAGCAAUUCUUACUUUACAGAACUGACAUCAUUCAUCCUCUGUUUACCCCUAGACCUGCAGAGUUGUUCACAAAACUGUAAAUUCUCGAAUCCAUUGUGUAAUUGCAAAUAUAAUGCCUACAUUUCUGAGCUGGAAACUUUUUAGCUUGAUUAGAGCCCUUUUUUUAUGGCCUAAACUUGCAGUUUCUUACUGACAUCCUGACAAUUCUCUGUGUAGUGAAUAACCAUUCAAGUGCUUUCCAUAGGCUUCAUGUACAUACACUCUUCCCAUGCAACAUGUAUGGUUGUGGGUUUUUCUUUCUGAUUUUUUUUCAUAUAAUUUCUCCCCUUGUAACCGCUGGUGGUUCCCUUAUUUACCACUAUAAUGUCUUAAAGCAUAGAACUUAGUAGGGCUAACCAUACAGAUAACUUAGCCAUAAUUUUAUAUAGUGUAAGAGAUCCUCUAUUUAACAUAUAUAAAUAAUUGAGAAUACAAUAUAAAAUAAGGAUUGUCUUGGAAGCAAGAUUGUCUUUUGGAUAUUUAUUAUAUAAAAUCCAUUAUAGCAGAGUUUAUAGAUUAAAUUACAUGCUUGCAAAUAUCAUUAAUAGGUUAACAUACCCUUCUGAACAUGUCAUCAUGUCAGCCUCUCUGUCAUUUUAAGAUGGAGCAGCGUCUUUCUCCAAGUCUCUCCUCUGUUUCUUAACAUUUAAAAGUACACCUAUUUAUACCUUAGGUGUCUCCAUUUUAGGUUACUGUAGUUCAAAUAUGAAAAAGUAACACUUCUUUUACUUUAUUCAAUUUAGGACCUCCCUUAAUUUGGCAAACAUACAAGGCCAUAACUAAAGGGUGCAUACGUCAUGGAAAUUUUCCUGACUUAGUUCAAGAUGGCAUCUUAAAGUCUGAAUAGGUUAUCUGUUGUUUAUACUAAGUCGUAAGUGUACAGUCGUGGGAGAUUCCUGGAUUUGGGGAAGUUCCAUUAACUUGGGGUUACCACAGUAUAUUGUGUACUGCAAGUGUCGUAGAUAGCCUUGAAGCUUGUUUAUGCAUUAUUGUUAUUGUAAUUCGUCUGGGACAAAAUGGCGCAAACAUAUUAUGCACUGAGGUUAUUGCUUAAAGAAACAGUUAUGAAAAACAAUAUGUUCCAUUUCUAACACCUUGUCAGUUUGCAAAAUCUCUUAAAGACAAAGUACACAGUUUAAGAAAUACAACAUUUCAUUCUAAAACUUGUAAUAUUUGCAUUUGCCCAUAACACCCUCCUCCCCCAACAAUUUUUUUUAUAAUUUUCACUGCAACAUGUUGGUCUGUGCUGCAGAAUUGUGUGCUCUGGAAUUAUAUUGAUUUUUAUAAAACUAAAGCACCUGUAGUAAGAUGGUUUGCUGUUUUUUUUUUUUUUUUUUUUAAAGGGUUCUCCAUCAGAUGUUCUGAAGGAUGAGAGAGUUCAGUAUUGGAUAGAGAGCUACAGAAAUCUUCUUGAUGCUUGGAGGUUUUGGCACAAGAGAGCAGAGUUUGAUAUUCACCGUAGUAAACUCGACCCCAGCUCUAAGCCGCUUGCACAGGUCAGUAUCAAAUUUUUCUGUUUUAACCAGCAGUUAAAUGAUUCUACCACUAAAGGUCAUUUCUAUGUUAAGGUAUUCGUGAGCUGCAACUUCUGUGGAAAGUCAAUCUCGUACAGUUGUUCAUCAGUACCUCAUCAAGGCCGUGGAUUCAGCCAGUAUGGAGUCAGUGGAUCCCCUACCAAGUCAAAGUUUACCAGUUGUCCAGGGUGCCGCAAGCCUCUUCCUCGCUGUGCUCUCUGUCUCAUCAAUAUGGGAAAUCCUAUCUCUAGUAGUCCUGGUAACUAAUUUACCAAUGGUGGAAUUAUAAUCCGAAAUUUCCGUGAUGGGAAAACUUAAAUAGAUUCACCAAUUAGUCUUGAUUUGUUAAAAUGCCCAAUGUGCCUUGGAUUUCAAUUAUUUUUUUAAAAGUUCAAAAACAAAUACUGCAAGAAGUGAAUUACGGUUUAAAACCAAGAUUGCAACUUUAAUAGUAAACACAAAAUCCAAACCCGCUACUCAAAAGUAUAUAUUUGUGGCAAGGACAUAAAGUAUGCAGGCUGGGUGGGGGUGGGAGGGUUCCCACAGGUUUCAUUGUGGGGAAAUUCACAGACCAUGUGCGUUCCAUUACUGCAAAUGCAUAGCUUGAGUACAAUGAUACCCCACAUAUACCUUUUCCCCAAAUCUGAAGCCUUAAUUCAACCCUAGAAGGGAUUCUAUAUGCUGCUGUGCAAGGGCAUUUUAAACUUACUGCAAUUACGCUACCACUACAUUUAAAGGACUGCAGCACUUUCUUUUAGACAUCUCUGGUAUGCCAAAAUUAUUUUGGGUUUAAAAUUGCAGUGUUUUUUCAGCAUAGUUUAUUUGAAUAUAUACAUAACACGAGUAAGAACCUAGAUGCAUAAGUUGUUUCCCCUGCCCUCCUCAAUUUAUUCUAGUUCUGCUAUUUCUGAUUCAACAGUGUUUAAACUAAUAACUCCAAAAAGAAAAACAUUUGUUUACAAAAUUAAUUUAUAUUUUAAGGAACCUCAAAAUCUGAUGAGAAAGUGGACCUCAGCAAAGAGAAGAAAGUGGCACAGUUUAACAACUGGUUUACAUGGUGUCACAACUGCCGACAUGGUGGUCAUGCUGGACACAUGCUUAGCUGGUUCAGGUAACAAUGAUGAUUUUUUAAAAUUUGUUUUGAGGGGGUGGGGUGUUAUAAAAUUAGCAUUAAUAAGAGUAACCUAGUGGUUUUCAGGUAAUAUUUGUUUAAUUAUAUUUGGGGGGAAAAAACUUAUCUGUAUUACAUAAUUUGUAACGUGUGUUCUGUUCUUUAUUAGAAGCUUUAUUCCAGUUUUAGUUCUCAUUUAAAGUUGGAAACUUGGUUUUUAUUGCCUACAUAUAAAAUUAAACAUGCCUGACUCUAUUCCUAUGUUUGCAUCAUGCCAAAAUUAAACAAGAAAUCAAAGGCCAAGUAUCAAUUAGAUGACACACUCAUUAACUUUGGCGUGCAUGUUCAGUUGAGAACUCAAGGUGAUGUCCUAGUCGGCCUAGUGUGAUAAAACGCCUUUCACGAGGCUCUAAUCUAGUCCACUUCCAAGUCCAGCUGUCAGUAUACCCCAAUUCUACCAUUGAGAAUUGUAAUUAUGAAUGUUGGUGUUGGAAUUUUUACACCUAUGUAGGCAUGAAGGGUCCAAGAUGUGCACAUUAGCAAGGCAGCACACACCAUGGGGGGGGUGGGGUGUAACAGGUGUUACAUUUCUACAUUAUAAUAAAAUUGGAUAAGAAAUGCAGAGGGUUUCAAUAGAAUAUGAAUAUAAAUCUGAUGGGAUAUGUAUGUGCAGCCUUAAUAAUAGCAGCACCUUAUGAAAAAGGAUAAAGAAACAAAACCACACAUUAACCCUUUUUUUUUUUUUUGUCUAAUUGCUACUUGCCUUUAAGGCCAGCAAAAAAAAAAAUCAAAUACAUACCCUCUUCUUGCUUUCUAAAGAGAAGGGUUUUUGGUUUUUUUUUUGUGCAGAAUGUUAAAAGCAUCACAAUUGUCUGUUACUUCCUGGUCUGUGUAGAACGCACUGCCAAGCUUGGUAUUUGCAGAAAGGUUUCAUUUGUUAAUGCAUUACCAACACGAAUAUGUAAAUCUCCAGCCUGGCUUAACCUCUUAGUACCUAUGAUGUUGUAAUAUGUUUCUGCGUGUAAAUAUGGCCAAGUAGUUUUUGUAAAAUUAAGAAUUGCUGACAGACCUUGGGAGGGUAGAAAUAAAAUUAAAAAGUUGGUUGAAGUUUCUGUUAAAAUGUCUUUAUCUUUUGUAAUAUAGUUUAAUCAAAAUGAAAUACUUUUGUUCUGGGUAUUUGUUUUACAGGGACCAUACAGAGUGCCCAGUAUCCGCAUGCUCUUGUAAAUGUAUGCAGCUAGACACAACUGGAAAUUUGGUCCCAGCAGAGACAAUCCAUCCAUAAAACGAACAUUCAUCUGCUUGAACUUGUAAACUGCAAAUCUGAAAGAAAGCUAAGAUUUUGUACACUAAAAAAAAAAAACGGUUUGGCACUCUGCGUCUUGUGAUCAGAUAUUCUAUGGGGUUUUUUUUUUGCCAACUUUCUCAGUGCGAAUUGAUAGGUUUUUAGCCUUGUAUAUCCUUUCUACACAUCUCACAUAAAUACACUGAACCUGAAUAUAUAGCGAGGUAAAUAGUUUUUUUGUUCACUAAACUGGAAACCGAACAGACAAGGGAAAUAUAAUCUUUAACCCCUUAAGGACACAUGACGGAAAUAUUGUCAUGAUUCCCUUUUAUUCCAGAAGUUGUCAUUAAGGGGUUAAAUCAAAGGAUCCAAACAAACAUUUACAGCUUGGCUAUUUUACACAGGAUUUGCAAUUACUUUGUCAUUUAACAGUUUACAUACGUGUGAACACUAUGGAGUUCAUACAUUAAACAAGUGGUAAGCAACCAUCAGCACUCCAGAUGUUGGACUACAGCUCCCUUAAUGUUGGGGAAAAUAUGAGGAGAAAUGCAGGCCACAUCUGGAUUAAACCAUGACUUGUAAAGUUAUGCAGAUAAAUGCAAUGUGUAUAACACAUGUGAAAAGGUUAUAUGGAAUUGGUUUUGUUUGUAAAGGAGGAAAACGUGAGUUGUACUCACUCAAAUUAACAUACGUUCAGGAGAAUGCUUGGAUGCUUAAGUUUUAGGAAAAAAGUUAAAUUUUUAACUACAAUCUAGUUCGCUAGAGCUUGUGAUUUUAUUUUUCCAUAUAACAAUUCCUAGAUGAUUAAAGGGAACUUUUCAAGCACCAUAACCAACUACAGCCGCUGUAGAGGUUAAGGAGUGCGCUGGCACCCUACCAGAGUAAGUGGAUAAACUGUUUAAGACCAGUUUGAUAACUUACCUGGAUCUCACUGGCCACUCGGGAGCUUUUAAGGUGCUUGGAGUAGUCCUUUAAAAAGACACUAAGUACCAAAAAAAGUUUAGCUUAAGGAAUCAGCUAUUGGCAUAUAGAACAUUCCAAUGCAGAUUCACUGCUAACUUCUCUGCAAUUUAGGAGUUGCAUCACUUUAUUUAUACAGCCCUAGUCACACCUCCCUGCAUGACUUACAUAGCCUUUCUAAACACUUCCUGAAAAAGAACCUAGAUAUUUUAGGUUCCUGUAUUGCCCAGUCUGUUUAAUCUAGAAUGCCUUAUUUCCUGCUCUAAUGGCCUGCUAGACCCUUCAAGGGGCCUUGUGUGUCAAGUUCAAUUUACCGAGCAGGAGAUACAAACAUCUAAAGUAAAUUAACAUCUGAAUGAAUGUGAGUCACAGCCAGGGGAGGUGUGACUAUGGUUCCAUAAACCAAACCAAAAGUGAUUUGAACAUCUAAAUGGUGAAGAAUUAAGCAGUGAGACUGCAGAGGCAUGAUCUGUACACUGAAACUGCUUUGUUAUGCUGUCCUUUACAGCUUUAGUGGGUUUUUUGUUUUUUUUUCUCUCUCCUCUCUAAGCAGUGCCUUAAUAUGUAACCCACUUUUAAGUUGACCUGGGUUAAGGACCAGUCCUCAUGUGCACACCAUUUAUGGAUGUGAUGAGCAUUAAAGUUUCUUUACUAGACAGUGAAGUGGAAUGUAUUGAAAAAAAAUAUUAGUUGUCAGUUGUAGCCAAAUUGGAGAUCCUCCACCCAAAUCUCAUUUAACUAUUUAUUUUUGACAAUGGACACUUUAAUAAAACCUGUGGCUGAAAUGUCUUGUUCUGAAAGUGUUAGGACGGCAUGAGUAGAGUGUGGAACAGUUUGCUCUUUCAGACAUAUUGUCCACUUCUCUUAAAAAGAAGUAUGUGAUUAAAAGAAGACUCUAAGGACCAAAACAACUUCAGCUUAAUAUAGUGCUUUUGAUGUAUCGGUAAUAACCCUACAGUUUCACUGCUCUGUUCUAUUUUGGGGUUAAAUCCACGUACCAGCCCUACUCACACUGCGCUGCUCUUUUUGAAACUUCCUUUUAUGGCAGUUUUUACACUUGUCUCCUGCUCUUAAUAGCCUGCUAGACCCUUGUGUGUGCGAUUUAAAGUUCAAUAAACAGCAGAAUUUAAAGACCUUGUAAAGUCAUAGCUUUGAGACUGCAGGGACAUGACCUAUACACCAAAAUAUUUUCAUUAAGCUAAAGUGGUGUUGGUGCUUAUAAUAUCCAUAUGAAUCUACACAUGGCUCACAUCCAUGGCACGCUUGUACUUGAAACAUUGCUUCAAAAGACAUGACCUAUGUAGUUCAAAAAUAUCUAUACCCAUUUGAGUCAUAUGUGUAGUGGUACAGUAAACAAGCUUAACAUGUCAAUUGUUUGGCCAGUGAAUACAAAGUGUGUUUUCCAUGUCGUUAUACCAUUAUGGUGUUUGUCUUUCUAUUUAUACAUAUCUAUCUGGCCCAAUAAUGAUGGUUUUUAGAAAAUUUGGCUCCUUGUGUGUAAUUUGAGGAGGUGGAACUAGUUAAGUAAUUAAUAAAGUUGCCAAUUGUAACAAUAUCCCCUCCCACUGGGGGAGGAGGGCGUAUGAAAAUGGCAAGAAUAAAGGCUGUUAAAUGUCUGUCUGUGCUUUAUUGGCUAUUUUCAUUCUAUAAAACAUGCAUGCACUGUCCUUCCUAAUAUGUACAGUGGUUUUUGAGCACACCCUCCCUGAAAACAAUUGUAUAUAAUAUCCCAUGUUUUGGAAUGAAUAUAGAAAUGUUUAUUCUUGCUUAUCCUUUAUCUAUGGUUCGGAAUGUUCUUACUCUUCUUUAGUCAGAUGUAUCUGCUUGUACAAUGCAAAGUUCUGUAACCAUGCCAUAGUGCCAUUUGGAAAUUCUGUGUUUGUCAGAUAUUCUGUGUUUUUGAUAAAGUCAGAUUAAGUAUUACUACAACACAAGGGUAAAUCAGGAAAUGCACUGAAGUUAUUUGAAAUGUGUACAUUUCAAAAUAAGACGUGCAAGGUUAUAUGAAUAAAGUUUCCUUUUUAACAUGCAUAGUUCCUAUAUUAUACUUAAAUGAAAGCCCCCACGCUCCUCUAGUACAUCACUCCAGUUUAUUCUUCUAGAACAGGGGUAGGCAACUGUCAACAUUCCAGAUGUUGUGGACUACAUUUCCCAUAAUAUUUACAGCCAGACUGCUGACAAAGUGUCAGGGGGCACUUAGUUGAGUGACAAUGUUCUAGACAAACACUACACAUGGUAUAUUCUUGAAUGGUUGUAGUACAGCCUCAGGGGCAAGAGUAUCAGAGGUGGGAAAAUUAAAGUUACUAUUUCUUUUACCUUUUUAUACAUUUGUGUUCACGUGAAUCUGCCCUUUCAACUAAUUUUGCUGUGAAUAACAAUUAUCCCGUGCAUAGCGAAAGCCUGAGCACUUGCUGCAUGCACCAGCUAAGUUAAAGCGUUUGUUUUUAAUCCCCUCCGCUAUUUGCUGCAAGUGCUUUCAAAUUUGGUUCAGUAUAUGCAUGUGAAAUGGGUAAACUCUAGCUAUAAUGAACUGAAUUAACCAGACUAGCAGGGAUGAACCAAGUGAUAACUAUCUGUACAGUCUAAUAUAAACUUCUAAAUCAAAAUGUAUUCAAACGCACCUUCAUUUAUAAAACCAUAUACCAAGAGACACAUGAUUUUAGAGUCAUUCUAAGUUCCUUAACCAUAUAAACCUGCUUAAAUAGCCACAAAACAUCCCCUAAGAUAUUGGGGCAACAUGAUUGACAACUUAUAACUGAAGUCAGAAAAGGCACUGUUCAAUCAAAAUAGCUUGAUUGUUCCGAUUUAUCAUUUCUUCUUUGGACUCUUACUAUUGUUAGCAAUGACAUCAGAAGAAAUGGUCCCUUUUGUCAAUGUUUAGACUGUAAGGAGUUGGUAGUAUAGCUGCAUGGCUAUGGAAAGUUUAUAUUUUUUUUUAUUCUUCCAUCUUUGAUGGAAACAGAAAAUGUGAAGAAUGAGAAUUAGAUAACACAUUUUACAUAAUACAACAAGGGAGAGCGGAAUAAUUCACAUUGGUAUAUGGUGCAGUUAUGUACACUGUAACAUUUUCCAUAUUUGCUGCAUUUAAUUAACAAUGGUAAAGACCUGCUAUAAAAGCAACGAUUGAUCAUCUAAAACAUUUGGAUAACUUGGAAUUAAGUUAAUAUUUGCACUAUGCUUAUGAGCCAGCUUUAGUGUGAAUGGUAGUCUCAUACUCAUGGUGGGUAGGUAGUGUAACUUGUUCACUCCAAUGUAAAAAUCACUGCAUACAUGCAAUACUGUUGUGCACUGUAAGAGUUCUCAAACUAAUAUGCAGGAUUUAAUUUUUUUGGGAGGGGCAGGGGGAAGAGCAUCCCAACAGGCCAAUGCCACUCAGCUGGAUAUUACCAACUACAGAAAAUGUAAACAUCCUACAUCUGCAAUAAAUCUGUAUUAUUGGUUUUAAUCUUACUUUGGAUUGCAUGUGUUAAAGGUAUGAUUUAUAGCAGGGGUAAGCAAGCUGAGGAUCUCCUCUGGAGCUGCCCUAGCAGAGGUUCAAGUAGGACUUUUUCCAGAUAACUCCCAGUGCCAACUGUACAGCAGGUGCUGAAGGGCAGUCCUUUAUUUACGAAUUUCAGUAAUACUGCCACCCAAGCAGCUAGAGUUGCAGAAGAAGCUGGCCGCCACAAACAGCCCACAUGUAAUGAACAGUCAACUUAUUUUACACAAUAUACUAGCCUAUAUCCAAAUAGAAUAUCAACUUCCAUGAAGAAAAAAAAAAAAAAAGGCAUGCCAAGGGACGUCAAAGAGUUUUGAAACCGUGUUAAAAAGCUUGCCUAUCCCUUAUUUGUACAAUGUAUAUAACAAUUUUAAAAACUGGGUGGGAUUCUAGACUGGAGAGCACCUUUAAUUCUACACUUUUUAUUGUGUAAAAUAAAUAGAACACUUCCAAACACUUCCUAGUUUUUCCCCAGCAAUGAAUGUUAAACAGCUGCACAAGCAGGUCUCGUGUUCUCUGUUGUGCUUGUAUUUUUUUGGUUACAACUUUUAGUCUAGUAUAAGGUCACACGUGUAAAGUUUAUAAAUAUUUUACUAGGAAAAGCAAAAAUGUACAGUUAUCUUGAAACAAAUAUUGUUAAAUUCCUCAAAACGGGUAGAACUGUGGAAAGUCGUGGAUUACUUUCAAAGCUUCAUCAUAAAGUCCCAAAUCUAA